GCACUUUUCUGUGGGCUGCUAUUAUUACCCUGCGAGGAGAUUGGCUUGUGGACAGUCCCAGGACAGCCAGCCCACCAGAGGCCUGGGAGCACCCCAGAGAGGAGCCCAGAGAGUCGGAGCGUGAGGGUGCGGGAAGAAGGCGACCGGGGACAAGCGUACGGCCAGGGCUCACGUCCUGUCAUUGACUGGGGUGCUGGAAGGUGGGCGGUCAGUGGAGAAGCAGACAGAGGGCUCGUGAAGGAGGGGCCGGAGCAGAGGCUACUGCUGCUGUGAGCUGCCCUGCGUCAGCAGUCCCACACUCUCUCUGCACGCACCAUGGAGCCCAACAGCCCCAAGAAGAUCCAGUUCGCUAUGCCCCUCUUCCACAGCCACCUGGACCCCCAGGCAGCAGAAAACAUCCGUCGGAGAAGACCCACGCCAGCCACGCUGGUCAUCUACAAUGAUUCACCUGGAGCAGAAGCAGAUGACAAACGAACAUCAGGAAGUCAGGGAGAGGUACCAAACACAGAUCUGUCCCCAGCUCAAAGGAAGCAGAGUGUGUACACCCCACCCACUAUGAAAGAACUGCAGCUGGUGGUGGAGCAGCACCUUCAGAAGCAGGAGAACCUGGAUGUUGGGCUAUGUGAAAGCCUCGACCCACUCAGCCCAAUCACAGCCCAGCACUACGGCAACGCUGCCCAGUGGGCCAAUCACAACUGCCCUGAGCCCAACGGCAAUGAGGCUCAUGUAAAUCUGCUUCUCGGUACUGAGGAGCACCCAGACAGCUGUACUGGGGGAGAGCAGUCAGAGAGUCCGCAGGAAGCCCUACCGAGUCCUUCGUCUGUCUCUCGAUAGUCUUGCAUAUCCAGGCCAGUCUGUUGUUGCUGACAUCCACUCCCUGACCAAACUCCUCACUGCAGUCACAUCUAUUGGACCAGUUCUUCAACAUUCACAUUUCUGCUGUACAUCUGGUUUCCAGUUACUCAAAUCAGACUUCUAUCAUUUUUGUUUUAAUGAAAUAAGAUAUAACAAUCACAUUUUCUUUAGCACGGCUCGAUGACAUACUUAAUUUCAUUCUUGAAUAUAGUUUUCCAGAUCUAAAAUACAAUUUUUUUCUGUGGUAUAUCAAAGAGUAGCCUUGCGGUGCAUUUUGUCUGUAUAUGGAAUGUUGUUCUUCUGUGAAACUAAAUGUAAUAAAACUGAAAACAUUAUUUUAAAAAUACGUAUCUAUAUACUGACAUUGAUUGCUAAAUUAUAGGAACGAACCUUUAUUUAAUUACCUGAUCCAUUUUCCCUGAGUGGUUUUCACUAAAGAUUGCAGGUUGAAAAAUGAAUGUGGCAAGUGAUACGUGAUUACAGUGGCAUAAAAGCAUUUGUUUAAGAAGCUGAGCACCCAGAUGUUUCAUUCUAAAAGGUCAAACUACCCUCAUUGUUGUCCUCCUAACAAAAUUCACAUACAACACAUGUAUACACCAUCCCUAUACUGAAGAAUGGAAAGAAAGAAAAGCAAAAAUAAGCACAGAAGCUCAGUUGCUGCUUUGGAGUUGAGCUCUUCCAAAUUUACUUUAAUAUGAUGACAUGGUUGUUUUCUUACAACCACAUUGACAUGCCCUCGCAUGGUGCUUUCAAGGAGAUACUCUAUACAUUUAAAGAUAUAAUAUGAACUGAAAGCAUCCUCUACAUAUGCAGUCAUCCAGGACGAAAGAUAGAGUUCCUGGCUACUUGUGUUUCACAGGGCUUGUGUGCUAAUCCGCACACUCCUGAAUUGAUGGAGGAUAUUAAUACAAUGAAUUGAACAUUCCUAAUUUUGGAAUAAAUUAUAAGUAAGGUAUAGAUUUUCAUAUGAAUGAGAGUGCUUGGACCGUAUUAAUGCCCUCUGAACAAACUUUUUAUAUUUAUGCAUUUAAAAAGUUUUAUUUCAGUCAAAAUAAAAUGUUUAUAUUAGGAGUAGUAAUAUGGCGCAAGUGCUGCACGUAAUUAACAGUGAUGUGUGUGUGUGUGUGUGUGUGUGUAUGUUUGUGCAUGUCUAAACCUUUCUAAGAACGAAAAAUUGCCACUAAAGCACUAUGAGUUUUUAUUGUAAAUCGGUUAUGUAAUGUAUCUAUAGUCCUAUGGCAUUGACUAAAAUAAUUACUAAUGAUUCUGUUGAACUGAAAAGCAGUUGCUGAAUCAGUGUAGGAGGAAAUUAUUCCUCUUAGCUGAUUUAUUCCUGGCUGCCAUGUUUUUGAAACACCUUUCCCUUCACAGUUUAAAGUCCAUUCUGCAAUGUGUGAGGGGAAAAUGGCUGUCAAUCUCUAUCACUCAUGAGAAGAUUGUAUGCAUAUAUGCAUGCUCUUAGCUUAAAGGUUCAUGGUUCAAUUAGCUCUAGUUUAUAAAUGUAUUAAGAUAGCAACAGCAUUGACAUUUUGUCUUGUUCAGAAUGGUGGGUAUCACUAUUCUGACAAGAUCUCAAGCCAACAGGAUGUGUCUGGAAUUAAUUACAAUAAUUUGAAUGAGCACAUCCAUAUAGGUCAGUUUGACUGGUAUGCCAUUUAGUCAUCUUUUGACAAAAUAUCAGACCUGCAAACAUUCUUAUAAAUUUGGUAGAUAUUCAUAGAAAUAUUAUGCAUAUGUAAUGGCCUAACAGCCCUAUUGAGUGUUCCAAUGCUAUCGUGGUGGAGUCUUGAUGUGGCUUGCAAUGUGAAUAACAAGUUAUGUUGUGACAACUCACUCCACUUUAUUAUUAUAAUUUUUGGUGAAAAUCAAUGGCAAAUGAAAAUUCUGCUUACUGCCAAUGAAUAGAGCUGUGAUUUUUUAUUUUUUAUUUUUUUGGAAUGCAAUUUAGUUGCAUGUCAAUACGUCAAACAGUCAUUUAACUAUUUAGCAAAAUAUUUGAAUAUACUGUAUGUUGAAAAAUCCAAUAUGAUGGACUUUAUGAGUCCUUGAGGCAAAUUUGCUCCUUCUGAGGAGAUGCAUGUAUGUAUCAAAUUUAAAUGAGUAAUUAAAAACUAGAGGAAACUGACAGGGCAUCUUCACAUCAGUGGUGCAUGAUCCCUUUAAAAGAAAUUGAAAAAGGGUGUCAUCACAGGCAGCCUGUGGAGGCUUCUCAAAUGCCCCAGGCUCCCUUGCAGCUAAUUUCCAAUUAACUACAGAAUCCAGAUAACAUCAAUAUCUGUGACAUAGAAAAGACCUGUGUCAAAUACAUAUCUGAAAUGCUUAAACACUUCAUAGACCAUGGGCUUGUAUCACAACGCAGUACUACUGAGUUAAUUGGCUAACUAACUGUAUUAAACUAAUUGCACUGAAUAAAAUUCAGAGCCUUCCCAAAUCUGCAACAUGGACUGAAGUACAAAGAGCUGGACCAUGAUCAAAUCAGCAGACCUGCAUACUAAUAAAUAUUCUAGUUGAGUAUACUUUUUUUUAAAAGCUGUUAAGUACACAAAAUUUCUGAAAAAUACCUGGAUGAAAUAGUUAUUUCUGUGUUUUCGCUAAGUAUGGCUGUGUCCGAGUCAGCUUUAUAAAUAUUGUGUCCUCAAUAUACAGUGUAUGCACUGUCUACUAAGCAUACCACAUACUGUUCAGUGUUAUGUUUUAGUACGUGAUGGGCAGUAUGCAAAAAAUGUCCUCCACACUGUUUUCCUACUGUACUGUGGAAGUGUUGUAAGAUGUUCCAUACUUGCUCAGGUGUCGUUGUCAUUGAAGGAAAACGUCAUUGAAGCUGUGCCUCAUUUUUAAAGUGAGGCUGCACGUCAUAUUUAUGGGCCCAAAAUGUUUGUUUGCUUCCUGAAACAUACGCUCCGAAAUAUGCUCUACAAAGCUCCGGAAAUAAGUAUAUCAUCCUAGGAUUUUAAGUACACUAUAUAUUUAGGAAAAAUUUUGUCUACUUUACAACUUUCUCAUCCAGUGUACUGAACAAAUGUACUCCAUAGUAGGCAGGUGCGCUGAUUUGGACGCCACCAAUAUUCAGGAGCAUAAAUGAACACUUUGGUUCCUUAUAUGUGACAAACAGCUUGACUUUGUAUUUCAUCAGUAAACAAACACAGAUGGCAGCAAGAAAUUUGAAUUUGAAAUGCAGUUAAACUGACAUCACACUGUAUACAGAAUAGCUUCGGCUAAUUGUCACCCCUAACUGAAUUGGAGUGUAAAGUACACAGGUGUGGGUUGAUUUAUGACACUCCUAUGACUAUUCUUAGUGGACAAUACAUACUUUGAGGACACAGUAGUUAGGAGUCUGAUUUGGACACUGCCCUGUUCUGGGUUUUUCUCAGAGGUGGAACAUCCAGGUUCAGAAAGUUAAAAGUUCUCCCCUAGAAUUUUGUUCCAAUCACCUGUAUUUGCUAAUUAGCACAGUUCUCCUGCCCGGAGGUAGAACUAAUCAGUGUAAUCAGCUGGCUGAGUUUAUGGGUGGAAGAAACUCAUGGCAGAACUUUUACUUUCUGGCCCUUGGACUUUUCACCUCUGGUUUUACUCAGUGCAGUUAUCAAUCUAACUUACUAAUCCUGUUUCGUGAUACAAGCCCCAGAAAAUUUUCAAAAGAUCCCCAAAAUCCCUGAAAGUAUACAAAACAGACUGAAAAAUGUUGUCCCAAAUAGAGGUGUAUUUAGGUGUCUCUUGUCUACAAUGCACAUCAUUUAUUUCUCUCGAAAGGGUUUAAGCAUUUUAAAUAAGAAUUUGACCCAGGCAUGACUGUGACCUAUUAUCUUGUGUACUGUAUGUGAUCUUCUUUGUAUAUACCUAGAAGAGUUGUUUCCUGUUUAUAUAUGUAUAAUUAAGAUUUUUGAAUACAGUUUUGCAUUAGAGGGGGUGUGGUAUUUGUAAUAUAGCAGAGUUGGUUAUCAUAAUUUGAAUGAUAUUGCAAAUUUGAUUAAAGGAAGUUUGGUAACACAUUAAAGUGUGCCUGGAAUGGCUUUAAAAUAUAUAUAUAUAGUUGGUUGUUCUUGGCAUACAUACAUGUUGUGUGUCAUUGUUUGGUGAGUUUUACAAAUGUAUUCAUCUUUUUAAAUAUAAGCAACUUAUGUAGGUGAGACAAUGAUACCAUCUGUUUAUUAUUGUGUUGCUAGGCAAGAAGGAAGCAUGAAUAGCACUCAAAACCGUCAGCCAAUGAACAAACGAGAUGAAUGCCAAUCAUUACAUUCACUAAGCAGGGUAUACAGUGACAUAUUUUCACUGAUAUAUUUAUUUAUAGGCAGCCACUUAUUAUUGAACAGAUGGUAUCCUCAUCUUACCUGAAAAGGUGGUUACCUGCUUUUUUGGAUAGUUUAUGCUUCAGCGCUAUUUAUGGAGCUAUCAAUGUAAUGUCUUCUUCAUUUUUAGUCUUUAUAUUUACAAUACAAACUAAUCUACAAUUGGAUAUGCAGUAUAUGGUGAAUAACAAUUAGGCUAUGAAUUGAUUGUUUUAUGAGAACUUUUCAAUGACAUUGAACAGCAUGCAAUUAAAAUGCAUGCAGGACAAAUUAUGGCAAAUUAGAAACCAUGUGAAUAUAUGAAAAAUAUGAUUAGUUCCCUGUGUGGUGUCCGAUGUUUCCUGCAAAAAUGGCAUGAAUUUCAACAGUUCAUGUGUAAGACUUACAGUCAGAUGUAUGGUACGUAAAUCUAUAUCAGCGGCCAGGGGUGUAGGAAGCACCUGUGGUAGUUUCCUGUAAUUAUGAUUGUGUUCCUGCGAUACGGUACUGUGGUAUUCCCGUGGUACUCUGAGGUGUGGUUUUUUGAUAGAUUUACCACGAGUUCUGUGGUACUGUACCACGUUUCUGUGGCAAUGGUGUGGUAUUACUGUGGUAUUUAUAUAAUAUUUCAGUAGUAUUUAUGUGCUUUUCCUGUGGUAAUCCUGUGGGAGCCUUGUGCUUUUCCUGUUGUAUUCUAUUCAUAUGGCAAUUUUUCAUAUUCUUUUUGUCAAGCCACAGUAAUUUCUGUAGUCAUUUUGUAAUAGUCCUGUGGUAAAAUGUCCAGUGACCAUUGAUUUUGUGUGGAUUUUACAUGCCAACCUUAUGAUACCACAUCCCAAGGUGAACACAAUUAAAGUCUUCAACCAGUAUUACAGCUAGUCUCUGGUAUUGCAAGAUAAUUUUUUAAGCAGACCAUCUGACAAGUACAAACUAGCAGGAGCACUAUAUGAAACACUAAAGUGGACAGGAAAAUCCUUUAAGUUCAUAAAACUACCUACAUUAAUUACACUAACAAACACAUUGUAGUCGUAACGUAAAAACAAUGAAAAGUCUAAAUCUCUAGAGUUCACAGAGAAUGAUGCAACGACAAAAAUCCUCCAGUGAACUGCAAUUCUGAGGAAAAAAAACAUCUUGUUAAUUAGAGGGGUCAGGGGAGAAUGGGCUGACUUGUUCAAAUUAACAGGAAGGCCACACAUGCUUAAAUUACAGCUGUUUACAAUAAUGAUGUGCAGAGAGGCAUCUCUGAAUGCAAAAAAGAGAAUGUAAAAUCUUGAAGCAGAGACCACUCCCAGUUCCACUCCAGUCAGCUAAGAACAAGAGGAUGAGGCAACAUUGUUCUUGUGAUCAUCAAAACUGGAUGACUGAAGAUUGGAAAAAACAUUGCCAUAAACAUUUAUGCCAUUUGGCAUAAACAGCAUGAAUCCAUGGGAUCCAUCCAGUCUUGUGUCAAUGGUGCAGUCGCUGUUGGUGGUGUAAUGGUGUGGGGCAUGUUUUUUUGGCACACAUUAGGCCCCUUAAUACCAAAUGAACAUCACUUGAGUAGCACAGCACAUUUUAGGUCAGGCUAUUUCUGACCAUAUGCAUCCCUUUAUGGCCAAAGUCCAUACUUCCAACAGGAUAAUGUCACAAACCACACAUAAUCUCUAGCUGAUUCCAUGAACACAACUGUGACUUAUGUUUACUUCAAUGGCCAACACAGUCCCUAGAUCUCUGUCCAAUAGAGCACCUUUGGGAUGACAUGGAAUGGGUGGUUCGCAGCAUGAAUGUGUCACCAAAAACUCUGCAGGAACUGUGUUAUGUAACCGGUGUACCUGACCCGGAAUCCCUGAGUUCUUAGGACAUUGUUGAAUCCAUGCCAAAUAUAAUUCUGGAAGUUCUGGAAGGUAAAACCCAGUGCUAGAUAGGUGUGCAUGUACAUGGUGUAUAUAUGUAUAUAUAUAUAUAUAUAUAUACAUAUAUAUGAGGGG